AUACACCUGGGUGACUGGAAGAGAACCACUGACAUAUUACGAUAUGAAUCUUUCAGCACAAGAUCAUCAAACAUUUUUCACAUGCGAUACUGACCAUUUAAGGCCUGCAGAUGCCAUAAUGCAAAAGGCUUGGAGAGAAAGGAACCCACAGGCCAGAAUCUCUGCAGCACAUGAAGCUUUAGAGUUAAAUGAGUGUGCCACUGCUUACAUUCUCUUGGCAGAAGAGGAAGCAACAACUAUUGUGGAAGCAGAAAAACUGUUUAAACAGGCUCUGAAAGCAGGUGAAGGCUGCUAUAGGCGUAGCCAACAAUUACAGCACCAUGGUACCCAAUAUGAAGCUCAGCACAGACGGGACACUAAUGUUUUAGUCUACAUUAAAAGGAGACUGGCAAUGUGUGCGAGAAAACUGGGGAGAACCAGGGAAGCUGUGAAAAUGAUGAGAGAUUUGAUGAAGGAAUUCCCUCUUCUUAGUAUGUUCAACAUCCACGAAAAUUUGCUAGAAGCCUUGCUGGAGUUACAAGCAUAUGCAGAUGUUCAAGCUGUUUUAGCAAAAUAUGAUGAUAUAAGUUUACCAAAAUCAGCAACAAUAUGCUACACAGCUGCCCUUCUCAAAGCCAGAGCUGUGUCUGACAAGUUUUCUCCAGAGGCAGCUUCAAGAAGAGGACUAAGCACAGCAGAAAUGAAUGCAGUGGAAGCUAUUCACAGAGCAGUAGAAUUUAAUCCACAUGUGCCAAAAUAUCUCCUAGAAAUGAAAAGCUUAAUAUUACCCCCUGAACAUAUUUUGAAGCGAGGCGACAGUGAAGCAAUUGCUUACGCUUUCUUUCACCUUCAGCAUUGGAAAAGAGUUGAAGGGGCUCUGAAUCUCUUACACUGUACGUGGGAAGGCACUUUCAGAAUGAUCCCUUAUCCUUUGGAAAAAGGGCACCUUUUUUAUCCUUAUCCCAUUUGUACCGAAACAGCAGACAGAGAGCUUCUUCCAUCAUUUCAUGAAGUCUCUGUUUACCCCAAGAAAGAGCUUCCAUUCUUUAUUCUGUUCACUGCUGGAUUAUGUUCUUUCACGGCUAUGUUGGCCCUUCUGACACAUCAGUUCCCAGAACUAAUGGGAGUUUUUGCAAAAGCAUUUCUUAGUACUCUCUUUGCUCCCUUAAACUUUGUGAUGGAAAAAGUGGAAAGCAUCCUUCCCUCCAGUCUCUGGCAUCAGCUAACGAGGAUCUAAAGGAAAACAGUUCUCAAUGACUGCCAUAUUUUCUGUGCCAACUCCCUGUUGACUACCAGAAAGCAUGAUUUCUUUUUUAGAAGAGAACCCAUUUUAAGCUCUUCAUAAAUUGUCUGUUAUCAUACAUUUUUGUUGUACAAAAUACAUUGAUGUUUGAUUCUAUUUUGCUUUCAAGAAACAAAAAAUAAAAAAAUAAACUUUUGUGUAUGGCAACCAUUUGAUCUGGUUUUAAUUCUCUUCUAGCUUCCA